CAAGACGGAUUAGAAUGUGACAGGCGGACCCAAGACGAAUUGGACCUGGGCUGGGCGCGGUGUGUGAGUCUUAGCAUCGGUUACACGAUGAAGCGACACCUGGCGGCCGUGCUCCUGCUGUGGCUCGGCCUUCUGGCGGCGGCGGCGGCUACUGGAUUACUUCCGGCGGAGCAAUGCGACGUCACCGUCAGUAGCGGAAAGGCAGUCAUCAACCCUAAAGCUCCGAUUAUCGUCGGCUCCUUCAUGGAAAUACGUCACGCUGGUGAGAACUUCGGCUGCGGCCUGAUCGACACGGCGAGCAUGCAAGUGUACGAGGCGAUGCGCUGGACACUGUCCAUCCUCAACCAGGACAGGGGCACAGCGCACGGCGUCAUCGUCAACGACUCGUUCGUGCCUGGAGUAGAGAUCGGCAUGGUCACGUACGACACGUGCACGAAGCCUGGACUGGCGACAGGGGGCGCUGUAGAUAUGUUUCCACAGAUGCAGGCACGGGAGAGCGACUGUAUGGCAAAUUCUUCAAAACUGAUACUAGGCACGAAUCGGUACGUCACGAAGCGACACCGAGCGGCCGCCCUGGCGAACCUUGUUUACGGACUUGUCGGCGUCCUACAGAUGGCGUUCGGAGCGCCAGCAGCAGAGGCUUUGACGUACACAAGCAACUGUUCGUGUUCUGCGCCUGCGAAGCGACGGUUUUCUAACAUCGCCAGCAAACCGCAGGCCAUCGCCGCCACCGUGCGCCGGCUCGGCUGGCGUUACGUCUCCAUCAUCUCUACAGCCGACGACUACGGCCGACAGGGUAGCGCCUCGCUGACGCAACUCCUCGACGCUGCCGACGUCUGCGUCGGCGUCACGGCCGAGGUACCGUCGGUAUUUGCGUCGACCAGCCUAAACUCAUACGAGAACGCAGUUGCGCGCGUCGCCACGAAGGCGCCGCUAGGAGGCGGCGUCGUCGCGUUCGUGUCGAAUUCGGCCGUCGCGCGAGAGCUGCUGUCGGCUGCCGACAGGAUUCCCGGUGGUGCCGACGUCGCGUGGGUGUUCAGCGACGGUCUGGGAACCGCAGCCGACGUUAUCUCCGACCUUCGUGCAUCUCGCGGCGUUGUCGCCGUCGGCGCUACGCCGCAACCGACGAUCGACUCGUUCGGCAUCCACUGGGCGACGCUAGACGAGACCGGCAAGGAGGAGGCGUUGCUAGGCAACCCGUGGUUCAAGGAGUACUUCCAGGAGGCGCACGGCUGCAGCCUCCCCGGCGAGCGUGCCUACGCGGCGCUGCCCGCCUGCCCCGAGCGCACGUUCGCCGAGCGGCAGCGACACUUCACGCAGAGCGACGACGUCGUGCGAGUCAUCGACGCCGUCUACGCCUACGCCGAGGCUCUACGCGCCGCACACAGCGCCAUCUGCGGGCCGACUUACAGGGGCGUGUGCGACGCCCUCUCGCGGAUAACACGCGAGGUCUUCUUCAGAGAUUACCUGGCCGCGGUCAGCUUCACCUACGGCGAGCGCAACCGAGCUGCGCCGGAGUUAUACAACCGCCUGGUGGCGUUUGACGAGCGCGGUAACCCGAGUGGUUCCAAGCUGGGCGUCUAUAGUUAUCAACGCACGAACAACGAGUGGCGAUUCGUGCAGGUGUUUACGUUCGACACGGAGUUACGCGGCGUCGGAGGUGAGUCGCUGUGGUUCUACAAUGCCGACGGAAGUCUGCGACUGCAGUCGCCGACGUCCGUGUGUCCCGCAGACUGCACGGAAGCAUGCCCGAAACAGUAUCCGCCGCCGCCGCCGACGACGACGACGCUAGCGCCACCUAUCACCUGUCCGCCUCCCGAGCGGAUACUAGUGACGCUUCCGCCCCCGUUCACGACUCCAUGCCCCACGGAGCCGGUUUGUACGUGUCGGCCAUGCGAAUGCCCGCCCGUGGUGACGUGCGAGCCGUGCACGCCUGCGCCGACACCGACGACACCGCCGCCAUGCCUCUGCCCGACGUGCCAUCCACCGCUCGACUGCUCCUACUGUUCCACACCGCCGCCGGUGCGGUGCACGUGCCCGCCGCUCGACUGUGAUCAGUGUAGGAGUCCCGACUACGGCUUGGUGACACCCGACAGGCACACCGCGACGCCGCCGCAGGCUACGACGCGGCCGCAGCAGGCAGUGCCCGCCGUCAGAACCGAGACACAUUCUCAGACGUAUGCUGCACCAGAAUCCGAGGCGGAGGCUGAGCCAGAAGCCGAGACAGAGCCACACGCUGAGUCCGACACAGACACAGACACCGAUGCAGAGAAAGGCACGCGGGCAGAGACCGGAAGCGGGGCUGAGAUAGCUAGCGACCGCCAAGUGGCGUACGUGUACAGGCCUAGCUCCGAUAAGGUUUUCCUCAACGGAGUGCUGCCAAUACACGCGCGCGGAGACACGCGCUUCGCCUGCGGCCCGCUAGAUGGCGCCACCUUCCCGCUGCUGGCAGCGGCGCUGUACGCGCUCGAGCGAGGCAACGGCGACGGAGAGCGUCUGCAGAUGGGGGCGCUGUUCACAGACUCGUGCGGCAGCGCCGAGAGAGGGCGCCGCGACGCGUUCACCUUCCUCGCCGGAGAGGGAGUCUACGGCGACGCAUACUCGCCGCGCGUCGCACCGACCUCCGUCGCCGCCUAUCUGACCUUUGACCCCGUCGAGGCGGACGCCGUCGCCGAUGUGGCGCGCCCAGCCGGCGUGCCCGUCGUGCUCGCGUCUGCGUCGGCGCCGGCAGCGACACCUGGCGUGCUGUACGCGCUGCCGGGCGUCGACGCGCAGAUGGACGCCAUCAGCGCCAUAUUGGAGAUGUUCAGCUGGGACAUGGUGUCGCUAGCGUACACGGGCUCCGACAGCGACGCCAGCGCCCUCCUGCGGGCGGCAAACGCGCGCGGCAUAUGCGUCGCCGAGACGCUCGACCUGGAGACGACCGACGCGAAGCAGGUCGUCGACGCGCUGCAGCAACGACAGACAGAGGGCGCCACCGUCGUCGUCGUGCUCGCGCGACCGCAGGAGACACGUGACCUGCUCGCGGCGGCGCAGGACGCGAGCAGCGACUUCGUCUGGAUUGCCGACGACCGCUGGGGCGACAGCGCUCGCGUCGUCGACGGAUUGCACAUCGGCAAGGGGGCGCUGACGCUCCGGGCGGAGACUGCCGACGUACCGGGCCUGCGCAGCUACGUGGAGAGCCUCACGCCGACGUCGCACGGCGACAUCCCCGACGCGUGGUUCGACGAGUUCUGGCAGCGUCACUUCCGCUGUCGGCUGCCGCGCGCGACGCCGACGCUGACGCAGUACGCCGACGAGUGCGACGACGCGCUGCGUCUCGACGCGACCGACGUUCUGUCGGGAAGCUACGCGACGCAGGUGGCGCUGGCGGUCAACGCUACGAUGCGGGGAUUCCGUGCGUACGUGCAGCGCUUCUGCCCCGACCUUCACCUGCUCGGCAUCGACACGUGCCUGAUGACGUAUGCACCUCGCGACGCGCUCGCGCACUACAUCCAGCAGGCGAAGGUUGGCGACGGCGACGACUUCCGGUUGACCGACGACGGCUCCAGCAGCGUCGUCUACGGCGUCUACAACUACCGGCGACAGAAGGGCGGCGAGUUCAAGUAUGAGAAGGUGGGCGACUACCGCGACGACAAGCUGCAUCUGAAGCCGACCGACGUCGACAUCUAUUACACGACGGACUACAGAAACGUGCCGACGUCGACAUGCAACAAGAUCACGUGCCGACCGUGUCGCGAGCAGCUGCACGCAGCGCCACUCACCGCCGACGACGUCCGCGCCGACCCGGUCGUCGGCUCGCAUCCUGCGUCGGCGGCCGCCGUCGGAUCCGGCGCGCGCGACCGCUUCCGCUUUGACACGGGCUGGGGCAUCGUCGUGACGGUGCUGUCCUGCGUCGGCGUCAUGCUCUGCGUCAUGAUGCUGCUCUACUUCUGCUGCCUGAGCGCCGUCGUGCGCGGCUCGAGUCUCGUCGGCUACCUGCUGCUUCUCGCGCUGGCGCUCCUCUUCGCCCUCAACCUCGCCUUCGUGGCGACGCCGACGCGCGCCACCUGCGGCAUCCGCCGCUUCUUCCUCGGCGUCCUAUACGCCGCCAUCUUUGCGUCGAUGCUCGUCAAAGCGCUCAACAUCUGGCGGCGCCACCAGGGCGGCGCUGCCGACAAGGCGGUUGGCGACACGUGCUUCUCGCGACCGGGAGGUCUGCUCGCCAUCGCGCUGUCGCUCGUGCUCGUGCAGGUGCUCGUCGCCAGCGAGUGGCUCCUCCUGGCGGCGCCGGACGUCGCCUACGACGGCGUCGGCGUCGCCGGCUGCGCGCCGUACGACGCCUUCAUGACGCACCUCGUCUUCUCGUGCGUCUACGUCAUGCUGCUGCUACUGCUAACCGCCGUCUUCUCCUUACUCAGCUGGAACAGUUCCGAGAACAGCCGCGAGUCGCGCUGGGUGUCGCUCGCCUGCGUCGUCUCCGUCGUCACGUGGGUCGCGUGGACGCUCGUCGCCACGUCGGUGCCGCACGCGUGGCGCGACCUGGCGGUGUGCGUCGGCAACCUCAUCAACGGCUACGCCGUGCUCAUGUGCGUCUUCCUGCGCAAGGUCUGGGUGCUGCAUCGGCUGCGGCGGCAGGAGAAGCAGGCCGCGAGCGGCGGAGCGCAGACCGUCUCCGAUAUCUACUACAACCAACCGCUGGCGCUCAGCUACCCCGACCUCAGCGCGUCGAAGAGCCAACUCGGAUACGAGGGCGGCAGCCAGUUCCAGCCGAUCUACGAGACAGCGGGCAUGGCGCCGCCGCUGCCGCUGCCUUUCGCGCAGCCGCCCAUUGCCGUAGACUACGACGGCGGGAGUCAGUUCAGCCCUGGCUAUCCGAUGACAGGCUCGCAGGGCCCCGGCUACCUCUACCUGGAUAGGGACGCGCCAGAUGCCGAUGUUGCCGUAUGAUGGAGAACGACGACAGCGCCAUCUGAUGCUCGCGCAU